AUGAGUGAAUCAGCAAGAAAUCUAGUGUCAGCAAUUUUGAGCAAUGAAGAGAUUAUUAACACACUGGCGAAUGCCUGUACGGGCCAAAACACUGGUAACGGUAACCGUAUCCAGUAUCGUUCUCCCGAUGAAGAAGUUUAUUCACUUUUUCAUCGUGGAAGACCGAAUGUAGGGAACCUAGCUGGCCAGGCAGGUCCCCAUCAUCAGGCUAACGUCAACACGCCUUCAACGUCAACCUUCAACCAGGUGGCCCCUACUACAGCACCAACUUAUAAUUUUCGCCCCUCAACGCGAUCGGGCCGAGGACACAGAAGGUUUCAGGCACAAUUGAGCUGUCCUGUGGCUCAGUCUUUUACCAAAGAGGUAAUUCUCCUGCCCGACCAUAAAUCAACAAAUGUACCAAGGCGUGCCAGCAAAGCUUGGCUUUUUGAAAAGGGACAUAUUAAAUCUGCCCUGGAAUUUCGCUGUGACUGGGAUUCCGGAAGAGUGUUGCAGGCAAUAACGGUGGCCUUCCAGCCAAUUCUGGAGGGCUGCAGGUUGCAAAUCUUGAUGCCUUGUCACAACAAACUAGUCGAGCCAUCCCUAACCUCCAAUCAAAAGUUGAGUGGAGGCCUUUUGAAAAAACUCUUCCAUCAAAAGUCCAUUUACGUCAGGCCUGACAAGGUCAUUUUGAGUGUGGAAAACCAAUCCUCACUGGUAGUGUAG